CAAAUGCGUAGUUGAUCAAGUUGCUUAUGGAUAACUGUAACAUAAAAUCGCCUUGAAGUGAUAGUAAAUUGACUUAAGCAAGUUCUCUUAUCGAGUUAUAUCGAGCUCCAAUAUUGGAUAAUGCAUGGCAGUAAGCAGGCCGUGAGGAUCACAAAGGUGAGGAUCGAGCAGAUCAAGAAGAAGAAGAAGCAGGCGGUGGUGUGCAUCGACAAGAAGGACGUCGCAGGCCUCGUCGCUGGCUGCUGGCAAGCCAACGUCUUCGAAAGGAUGGACGCGCUCAUCCAUGAGAUGAACCUCGUAUCUUGCUUGCGACGAAAUGAUCAAAACGUUCUGCGAUUGCAUUGUGGAUCAGCUUCCAACCCUGCAAAAAACAAAAGAUUGCCCUGAAGAAGCCAUGGAAGCAGCAUCAGACACUAAUUUUCGCCGCAGCAAGAUUUCACGGUUUGCCAGAAUUACGUGAUCUGAGGUCUCUAUUUGUAAAACGAGAAUGGAAAUGCAUGGAGUCAUCUGUGAAUUCUGAGGUAUUCAUCUCUUUCUUUGUUUCCAGUCUUUCACACACACACUCUCUCUCUCUCUCUAAGAAUCAUACUUUCCUGGCAGUUUGCUGAGAAAACAAGGAACAAAGCUUUUUCAAGGGAGAAGAAGCUUGAGCUGAUGAAAAAUAUUGCUGAUGAAUUUGAUCGACCAAAGGAAAUUGUAUUACCACAGCAUGAGGAGAUUAAUGACGUUGUUCAGAAACAUACCAGGACUCCUUUAAUCCAGACAACAUCGAAGCUCACCGAAGUCGAAAAUUUGAUGAGAAAUGUGAGCUUGCACAGAGCAUGGCAGAGGAUCAACAUGAGCUGGAUUGUAGUGCAGUGGAGAAAGGUGUCGUUUCAGUGGAAAUUUUGAAUGCAAAACGAGUGAAUGGAAGGGCUACUCCAUACACCAAAGCAGAGGCAAUUGAUAGAACAAGAGGAAAGGUAGAAGACCAACUGAACAAGAAUACGAGUGGAAGAUAUGUGAAUCCACCUUACCUUGGUCACCCAAAAACCAGUGAUACUACAAACAAGGUUGGAGUUUCUCAAAUUGAGAAGCCAAUGCCCCUUAUUGUUAGGAGAAAUAGUAAGGAGCCAAUCACUGAUACCAAGGAUGAUGCCGUUAGCAUUAACAAGCCAGCAAAAGCUAAAGUUACUCCUCAAAGA